AUGCGUGUCUCCGCUCAGAUCAUCGCCGGCCUGGCCCUCGCCGCCAGCACCGCCAACGCAGGCCUAUACAGAAGAGCUCACCAGACAUCCACCAGCAGCGAAGUAACCACUAUCCCAACCGAAACAGCCACUACGGCCACCCCCGUCAUCGAUAAAGACACCUCCGCCACCGAGACCAGCACCCCCGCAACAACCGAGAGCGACGUCCCCACUGUCCUCUCCAGCGCGGAUGCCCCUCCCGCCGAGACGACAAGCAUCCCUCUCAUCAAGGCCAGCGACGCCGCGUCCUCCUCCGACGCGGCUAGCUCUUCUGCCGCCGGCAUCACGACUGCCCCGCGUCCCAAGGCUACCGGUACUGGCGACUACGUUGGUCUCGUCACUCCCAAUGAGGAGUCGACCAGCAGUCGCGGCCACAGCACUGGCAGCACCACCAGCACCACCAGCAGCACCAGCAGCAGCGGCGGCAGCAGCAACAAAGACGACGGCGAAGAAAACACUAAACCCACCACGUCCCGUCAUACCAGCCCUGGCUCCACCCUCGUGGUGCCUGGCCUCGCUGCUCUGGGUAGUCUUGCCAUUGGCCUGAUGGUUCUCGUUUGA